AUGGAGAAUCAUCUCUUUUCUCUGAAAAGCUUUAGUGCCUCAUGGCUGAGCCCCAGCUCCACUUCCUGGGCGGUACACAUCACCCUGGGCUUCCUGUCAUCCAGUGGAGAAGAGGCAAAGGCCCGGGAGCAGGAAGAGCUGUGCCCUGAGAGCCACCUGGGGCAGCUCCCUGACAAGGGGGACUUUCAUCAGCUCUCAUGUCCAGACCCCCUGGGGGAGGCGUGCAAACCAGCACCUGCCAGCGCCCACCGGCCCCAUGGGGAGCAGGUGGAAGAUGCUUCUCCCACCACCUCGACCCUGUUGGCUUUCCCGGCUCCCCUGACCGAGCAUCCUCCACCUCUGGCUUCCACCCUGUCAGUCGAACCUCAAGGAGACCAGUCUGACUUGAAGAGAGUCCCCCCCCCGCCCCGAGCACUGUCCCGGAGAGCUCACCUCCAGAAGCUCCUGGAGAUACUCAUCACCAAGAGAGCAGAACUGAAGCUGUGGAAGCAGAAAGAAAAAGAGGGGCCAUUUCUGAAACAAAUGAGCCCAGACUACCCCCAGGCUGCUCAGGGGAAUGUAUUAGUGUCACCUAGCCAGGAGCAGAGCACCACAGCCACACACGGCUUCUGGAACAUGACAGACAAACCAGAGCAGCUGCCUGGUCCUCAGCAGCUCCCCCGUCCCAAGGCUGUGGGGGACCAUUUGCCACAGAAAUGCAGCCAGCUCUUCUGGGGCCUCCCAUCUUUGCACAGCGAGUCCCUGGUGGCUGCUGCCUGGGAGAAGGCACAAUUCCUCAUCCCAACCAAAAGUGAACAUCUGGAAUGGCCCUUGCAGAAGCAACUGAGAUGGAAGAGGAUUUUACCCUCUCUGCUCAAAAAUGCUCAGGAAGGGGCCGGGCGCGAGCACCAGGAGCAGCAGGAGCAAUACACUCAGAGGAGUUUCAUCCCAGACAAACACGAGUCGGGUCCUCCGCGCAGAUCCCAGGCCUCAGGGGAACUGAUGCAGCCUCAGGGUGAAUUCCUGGGGACGAGCCAGUCCCAGCCUCCUGUGUUAGCGGCAGGUGAAAGCAGCAAGGAGUCCCGGCGUACUGCCAGCCAUGCUAUUGUCAAGUCUGACACCCUCACGAAGCCCAGAAAUCUAGCAUCCUGGAGGGGUUGGAAAUGCUGUGUGAACACCUCCCAGGAGCUUUUCUUCCUCGAUCCGUGCGCUCAACUGAUGCUAGAAGCGCAUAUUACAAGGUUUCGGGUCAGUGAAUUUGGGGACAACUCUAUAGCCGGGGUUGCCAAUUUCCUAGGAGAACGUCCUUGGAAAGGCCCAGGAGAGAAGGUGAUAAAAGAAAAGUCAGUCCUCACCCUGACUGGUUUUCUCUCUGCCCCGUCACCUGUGGGGGAGGAAGUCCAGCGGGACCUGACAGGGACCCAGUCUGGGGACAACCGUGGCCACUCAGAGGCCCCUCUGACUGGACAAGAGGGCAGGUGGCCUUCUCAGCCCCUCACAUGCAGCUUCAUGAGCAGAACGUGGCAGAGCACUACUGUCCUGGGGACCGGGAGAGGCAGCCCAGAGCUGGGUCCAAGUCCAGCGAUGGCCAGGCAUGAGCCAUGGGAGGAGAAGGAGAGCGUGGCCUCAGGAGACCCCUGCAGCAGCACAGCAAUGCUGGAGCUCACUGUAGGGUCCCAGUCUUCAGGGGCCAAGGAGACCAUGGAGCCAGUGGAGGCUGAGGAGAAGACCCCUGCUUGGGAAGUCACCGUGGGAGCCAGUGUGAUGGCAGACUCCCAAACUGCUAAUGUAAAUCCCAGUUCAGGAUCUCUGAGGACCAGUAAAAGCUCUCCACUCUCUAGAAUUUCUGGUACCCAGGAUCCAGGAGAGCUACAUCUGAAAGCACAGGUUGUCAGUAAGUUCGAGUUCAAAGUGCAGGUAGAGACAGAGAACCAGCUUCAAGGCCCUGCCACCGACGUCCUCCUCCAAGACUGUGCCACUGGCCUGCGUUUUCGGGGCCGUCACACCAACAUGCUCCCCCCUGAAGACAUGUUGCCUUCUCAGGCCCCUCUGUCUGGUUCCCAGAAUGUGCCCAGUAGGGACACGUCAGCUUCCCAGGGGUUUUGUGACCCCACGUGGAAGGGAGGCAGCAGCCAGGGGCAGCAGGAGCCCAGGAGCCCAAAAGUCAAGGCCCUGUGGAAGAGUCAGAGCAAGAUGCUUGGUCCUACUGACAAGAGACCCAAACGAGGGCAGCAGGAACAAACAGCUGCAGGACCAAGGGCCUCCCAAGCCAGUGGGAUGAGGCUCCCUGUCCAGGUCAGGGAAAUAGGAGAAACCCGUGGGAGCAAAUACUCUCAGUUCCUGGGAAAGAAGGGACAGGCACCUCCGGAAAGCCACUCCACGAGAAGGAUCAGUCACGGCCUGCAGUGUCUUGACCCCAGUAAAAAAGGCACACGGCAGGAAGCUCCCCUGCAGAAAGGCAAGCCUGCAUCGGCGAAGCCUGGAGCCCAGGGCCGGCCCCAAGAAGACUGUCCAGCAGGGAUGCUGAAGUCCAGGCAGUCAUUACACUCGUUGGACAGAUCCUAG